CUCCUUCCGCGCAUCUUCUAUGGCAGCGAAGUCAGCGACUAAAAUGCUGUGAGCGCGCGCUGUGUGCCAUGUAGCGCAGUGACUGUUCUGUGCGCGUAGCUCUCGUACCAUCCGGUUGAAGCUCCGUAUUCGUACCCGGGUGUCGUUAGCUCUGUCCGCGGUGGGUUUGGCCCGUGUCUCCCGCUGCAGGAGGAUGCUGCGGCUGUUCGGAGCGGUGCUGGUUCUCGGACUGGCUUUGGCGUUCAUCACCUCCCGCGUUCUGGAGAUUUACGACACGGCCUGGCCCAAGCGGAGCCUCCACCGAACUGAAGCCGGGAAUGAGCUCCGAGGCAAAGGCAGCAGCUCUCCUCCGUACCCCAGCGGCGAGUUGGAUAAUAUCUUCUGGUUCAUUCAGAUUUCGGACAUCCACAUCAGCCGGUUUCACGACCCAAAGAGGAUCCCAGAUUUUGAGAAGUUUUGCUCUGAGACUGUGGACGUGAUCAAGCCGGCGCUGGUGCUCGCUACAGGAGACUUGACAGAUGCAAAGACCGAGAGUAAGAUCGGCUCUCUGCAGCAUGAGGUGGAGUGGCAGGCCUAUCACUCGGUCCUGAAGAGGUCCAGAGUCCUGCAGAAAACCAAGUGGAUCGACAUCAGAGGAAACCACGAUGCCUUCAACAUCAUGUCUCUGGACAGCGUCAACAAUUAUUUCCGGAAGUAUUCAGCCAAUCAGAAAGUGGGUUCGUUCCACUACGUCCACAGAACGCAUUUUGGAAACUACUCUUUUGUUUGUGCUGAUGCGACGCUGACCCCAGGACCCAAGAGACCGUAUAACUUCUUUGGGAUCCUCAACCAGACUCAGAUGGAUCUGUUGGACUCGUUCAGACGGGAGUCACUCAGUUCAAACCAGUCCAUCUGGUUUGGACACUACACCACCUCCACCAUCGUGUCACCCGCUCCGGGAGUCCGGGAACUCAUGAGGUCAGCGGUGGCAUACCUGUGUGGUCACCUGCACACUCUUGGGGGCUUGAUGCCAGUGCUCCACAGCAGACACCCUCAGGGGACUCUGGAGCUGGAGCUGGGAGACUGGAUGGACAACAGAAGAUACCGUGUGCUGGCUCUGGACCAUGACCUUCUCAGUUUCUCAGACCUGACCUUUGACCUGUGGCCGGCAGUGGUCAUCACCAACCCCAAAGACGCUCAGUAUCUGCACCCGGGAGCCGAGCCGCUGGGGCGGAUGCAUAAGUCCUCCCACAUCAGAGUCCUGGUGUUCUCCGACUCCCCACUCUCCUCUGUCAUGGUGCAUAUAGACGGAGUGGCGCUGGGUUUGGCGCACUCUGCUGGUGGGCCUCUGUAUGUGCUGCAGUGGGACCCAUCUCUGUACCUCACUGGAGUCCACACCAUCUCUGUCACUGCACAGGACUCCUCUGGACGCUCCUCUGUGAAGCAGCAGCUCUUCUCUUUGGAGGACGGCCUCACUCCGAGCUUUGGCUUUGUCCAGUCGUUUAUUCUUCUCACAGAUCAUCACAUUCUGGGACGAGCUGCUUUUGCCUUCACUGUUCUGCUCAACAUCGGGGGGCUUCUGGUGUUUAGGAGGAUCAGUCUGUCAAAUGGAAAAGGCGUGUUGUCCAGAGCGUGUGCGUCUCUGCAGUUGGUCAGUAAAAUGAACAUGUUUUUUUACUCUCUGCUGCUCUUCAACCUCUGCACGGCCUUUGGUCCCUGGUUUAUCGGGGAGAUGAUUGACGGACACAGUGGAGCCUGUUUUGCGUUCGGAGUGAUCAUCGAUGGACACUUCCUGGAGGGAAGUCUGACUUAUGUGGUUGGAGUCGUACAAAUCCUGUUUUUCAACAUGCCCUUGACCUUGUACCUGUGCUGGAGUCUGCACCAUCGCUGCUGUGGCCACUGCUUCACGUCCCAUCUACGACUCUGGACCCCCUCUCGCCCCGCCCCCUCAGGCCACGCCCACAACCCCAGUAGCCCCGCCCCUGUCUCUCGCUGCGGGACCCUGGCCGUGCACCUGUUCAUGACGCUGCUCUUGUCGUGGCAGGCACAUUCGUGUUACUUCCUGUUGGAGACCUAUGGACCUAUGGCGUUCCUGUUGUCCCCGGUGCGGACCUGGGCGUUGGGAAUGGGGCUGGUCCUGGUGCACAGAGCCUGGACUUGUCCCCUACCUGCCCUGAGGAAACACAAAGCCAACAGCGCCACCUCCUGACAGUGACCACACACUGCAGAUUUAGUGUCACUGAAUAAACAAAAUGAAGCACUAGUCUGGGACAGAGGCUCUGCAGAGGGGAGCUGGAUGUGGGCGCCAGGUAAGGAGAUGAAGAACAAAAAUCUCCUAAAAAGUCUGUGUAUGCAGUCAGUCAUCUUUGGCCUUGAACACGCUCAUCAAAGCACUCCAAAACAUUUACGUAUACAUAUAAAAUAUUACAUACAAUUUAUAGAUUUAAAAUGAUAAUCUUGAUAUGAUUUACUUACAAAUUAGGCUUAAAGCUUU